GCCUCUACCCGCCUCCGCCGCCGCCCCAAGAAGCUCCCCACCCACUCCGACAAGCCUCUCCCUCUGCCCACGGGGCGCCGCCUCGCCCGCCCCCUCGACACCGCCGGGGACUUCACCGUCCCCGGGGACGUCGGCGCCUCCCCCGCCGCGGCCAUGGAGGUGGACCCCACGUGGGAGGCGAGGGCGUUGCCGGCGAUGGACUCGGUGGUGAAAGUGUUCUGCGUUCACACGGAGCCGAAUUUCUCGCUUCCGUGGCAGAGGAAGAGGCAAUACAGCUCGAGUAGCAGCGGGUUUGUGAUCGGUGGCAGAAGGGUUCUGACGAAUGCGCAUUCCGUGGAACAUUACACACAGGUUAAGCUUAAGAAACGUGGCUCUGAUACCAAGUACUUGGCCACCGUGCUUGCCAUUGGAACCGAAUGUGACAUUGCCAUGCUUACAGUUGAUGAUGAUGAAUUCUGGCAAGGGAUGUCACCUGUAGAGUUUGGGGAUUUGCCCACACUUCAAGAUGCAGUUACUGUUGUUGGCUACCCAAUUGGUGGAGACACUAUCUCUGUGACCAGUGGUGUUGUAUCGCGCAUUGAGAUUCUAUCUUAUGUCCAUGGAUCUACAGAACUUUUAGGUUUACAGAUAGAUGCUGCUAUAAAUUCUGGCAAUUCUGGGGGGCCUGCAUUUAAUGAAAAAGGAAACUGUGUGGGGAUUGCUUUUCAGUCCCUCAAGCAUGAAGAUGUGGAGAAUAUAGGUUAUGUCAUUCCAACACCAGUUAUCAUGCAUUUCAUCCAGGAUUAUGAGAAGAAUGGAGGAUAUACUGGAUUCCCUAUACUCGGGGUUGAGUGGCAGAAAAUGGAAAAUCCUGAUCUAAGAACGGCAACGGGCAUGAGACCUGAUCAGAAAGGUGUGCGCAUUAGAAGAAUUGAUCCUACUGCUCCAGAAUCUAAAGUUUUGAAGCCAUCAGAUGUGAUCCUUAGUUUUGAUGGGGUUGAUAUUGCCAAUGAUGGAACAGUUCCAUUUCGUCAUGGAGAGCGCAUUGGUUUCAGUUAUCUCAUAUCCCAGAAAUAUACUGGUGAUAAUGCAGCAAUCAAAGUACUGCGCAAUUCAGAUAUUUUGAAAUUUGACAUUAAACUCAAUAGUCACAGAAGGCUUAUUCCAGCACACAGCAAGGGCAAGCCUCCCUCAUAUUAUAUAAUUGCAGGAUUUGUUUUUACAGCCGUUUCAGUUCCAUAUCUUCGUUCUGAGUAUGGAAAGGAUUAUGAAUAUGAAGCUCCAGUCAAGCUUUUAGAUAAACUGCUGCAUUCGAUGCCACAAUCACCCGAUGAACAACUUGUUGUGGUAUCCCAGGUGCUGGUGGCUGAUAUCAAUAUUGGAUAUGAAGAUAUUGUUAAUACCCAGGUCGUUGCUUUCAAUGGUAAACCUGUGAAAAACCUGAAGAGCUUGGCCGCUAUGGUAGAGAGCUGCAAUGAUGAAUAUCUAAAAUUUGAUCUGGAUUAUGAUCAGAUAGUGGUCCUUCGCGCAAAGACAGCAAAAGCAGCUACUCUAGAUAUUCUUGCAACACACUGUAUUCCAUCCGCAAUGUCUGAUGAUCUUAAGUCAUGAUCUGGAUCACAUUGUAGUAGAUUCUGCAUCAUGAUGUCAAGUCAUUUUAUGUUGGUAUCUGUUGAAAAUGAUGCAGAUGUGUAGGCUUAACUUUUAGUUAGAUUGCUUCCCUACAUGCUACUGAGAGUUAUGUUUAAGUGCUAAUGCAUCUCUAGACUCUCAUGGUUCCACUUUUUGAAAGGGACGACAGAUAGGUGAGCACGAUUUACGUUACAAUUCAUUAUAUUCUGAUACGUUAUUGGCCUUUUUCACAUUUUGAGGUACAUGAGCAAUGUAAAGAAGCUUCCAUUACAUUCACCAA